CACGAAGAAGAACACUGUGAACAAGGAAGUCGAAUUUUACAGGAAGCCUUCGUAAGCUGCUUUUUGUUUUGUUUUGUCUUUGUUUUUCUGUACCACAUUGAUGGUCAUUUUUUAUCAGGGUAGGUAGCUAGAUUAGGCAAUAGGUUAUAGUUUAUCUAAAUUGUUCUGUUUAGUUUAUUUUUUAUGACAGUUGGCGACAUUUGGCGUUAGCUGUGAGCUAGCUUCACACGCUAAUAACAGAGCUAACAGGCCGGAAAGCCAUCUGUCCAUUGUCUGCCUCUGAGCCAGAUACUUAUCCUUAUCAAACAGUUAGUUUUAAGGCCAAACGUCGUUUGGAAACAUUAGUUACCACAGGCAACAACGCGCCAGGGCCGUUGUCAUCCGUUUCUCACACAGGUAACGUUAGCUGUACCGGCUAAGUUAACGUUUCUUACUUUGGCCAGUCAGUUGGCUGACCUUAGUGCAGUCACACAUACCAACACUGCAACAGACGAUCAGGAGAUUGGAUGACCAUGUAUGCCCCGCCGGGUUCUGCUAUCCCUGGAGGUCGGAGGAGGAGAGGGGGCACGUCCCUGCCCAAGCAGCCGGAGCGGAGCCUGGUGUCGGCUCUGCCAGGAGCUCUGUCCAUCACAGCGCUGUGCACGGCUCUGGCGGAACCGGCCUGGCUCCGGGUUCAUGGAGGCACCUGUCCGAGACAAGAGCUGGGGGUGGCAGAUGUCCUGGGGUACAUUGACCCUAAGCUUCUGGACGAUUACUGUGUGAACCCGCAGACCAUCCUGCUGCUGAGGGUGAUCGCUGCCUUCUGUUUCCUGGGCAUCCUGUGCAGUCUGACCGCUUUCCUCUUGGAUGUGUUUGGACCUAAGCACCCUGCGCUAAAGAUCACACGCAGAUAUGCAUUUGCACAUAUUCUCACAGUGUUGCAGUGUGCCACCGUCAUAGGCUUCUGCUACUGGGCCUCGGAGCUCAUCUUGUCCCUACAGCAGCAACACAAAAAGUACCAUGGCUCUCUCAUAUACGUCACUUUCGCCAUCAGCUUCUACCUGGUGGCAGGGGCUGGCGGUGCCUCCAUCCUCGCCACAGCUGCGAACCUACUGCGCCACUACCCCACCGAGGAGGAGGAGCAGGCUUUAGAGCUGCUCUCAGAGAUGGAGGACAGCAGUGAAACUUUUCCUGCUGAUUAUGACCUUGCCAAUCAGUUUCAGCCACCGCCUGCCUACACGCCCUAAUGCAGCCAUACUGGCUUUGUUAACACACGCUUCUCUCUCAGCACGGCUAUUGGCUUGAUGAGCAAACCCCACUCUUUAUCAAAUGGAUAUCUUCUGAAAUACUCUCCAUAAUGAACACAGUGUGCAUAGUUAGUGCACAAACUCCUUUGCUGACAGUGCGUGGGUGCAUGAAAGCUUUCUUUAGUGGUGGUGGAAAUUUAGGUGAUGAUUCUUACUUUCACCACUGAAGUUGUUAGUGAUUUGCAUGUAAAUGGCUUUUUAGGAUUUGGUUCUUACAUGUGAAGCAAACUAAACUGCAAGGAGUACUCAACAGGGCUCAUCAAUAAUUGAUGAAACAGCCAAAGCCAGACUAUUGAAGCUGGGCUGUCGGCAGAUUGUCAGUGGCUGUCUUGCUCUUGAUUGGACGUGGAUCGGGCUUUGUUAAGCAUCAUUUUGAUGUAAUUUUUGGUAAGCUUGCUGUGGGUAUGAUUUUAUUUCACCGAUACAUCAAAAACAUUGUAGACAUUUCUUUCAUAUAAAAUAUCAAAUGGACCUUUUAUUAUUUAUUAUUUAGCUGUCUGUGCUGUGUCUUACUUUCUUUCUUUUGCUUUGUAGACAUCUGUCACUGGUUUAGUCUUAUUUAAUCACAUCUGUACUUGGAAAUCACACAAGAAAAAAAUGUGAGACCAGUAUUUGUGGGGUUGUUUUUUUUUUUCAAAAUGAUUAUGGCAUGUGUUGCGUCCACAGAGAAAUUGAGGAACAUGUCUGUAUGUUUUACAGUAAGUGACAUUUAGUAACAGGGAACCUCGCCGCAUAAGUUGGUCAUGUCAUGUUUCUCAUAUAUGAUUUUUUAAAAAAACAAAAAAACAUAUUUGUACUUUGUGAUUACCAAACGUGGCAGUUUGACUAUAUGUUUUCUAUGCAUGAGUUCUUUUGUGUGCUAAUUUUAAACCUUCACGGAGAAUCUUAUGAGAACAUCCCACAUAAGGUGCCAGCUGAGGCUUAAAAUUGUGAUUGAUGUGGUGACCCUAGUUGGUGUAUUGUUCUGUUUACUCCGUUUCUGCUUUUUGUUCCUUAAAUUGUUGCUAUACUUUCAUCACCAGUAUGUAAAUAAUGAUUGUUUAUACAUAAAAAGUGGUCAUAAUAAAAUAAAUGCCAUA